AUGAAGCACAGCCUGAAGGGGGGAAAUGCAUGUGGUCACAUGAUCACAGUGGGACACGAGCAACACACGGCAACCACCGUAAUUCAUCCCAGUUGCAAGUUCCUUGUGCACUUCAUCGAGUGGACGAGUCGCUCUCCGUCGCUUGGAAAUGGGCUGUAUGCUGCUGGGCUACCCGCUCGAGUGUGUGCCGGGGCUGUCCGAGGGAUCUCCGCUUCGAUGGCGGAGUUGUCGGAUUCGGGAAGGUUGAAGGAGAUGUUCCUGGUGCUUCUGUGCCCGAAGAUGUUCAUGAUUGGCGAGCAGAACCUUGGCUUGUCGUAUCUUGAGCAGUUGAAGGAGGAGGGGGUCGAGUUGGCGUGGCGGAUUGCCGCGUUUCUGGGGGAGAGCCCAUAG